AUGUCACACAGAACCCCAACAUAUAUUACCCAAACUAGUGGUUCGAGAAGCAGAGAUGCUACCGUUCCACGAGCCGUCAAGUCACAAGCAUCUAGACAAAAUGAUGGCAAGAGUCCUACUACCAGGCUUGGUGGAGGCACUAUGUCGCAGCUAUCACCACCUGCAAAUGACUUGCCUGGGACUUCUGACCGAAGAGCGCGUCUAAAAUCAAGUCGUGUCCCAACGACUUCCGUCAGAUCUCCGAACCUGAAAUCCACUGCAAUUCCUAGGACUAUUUCUUCCUCCACAGCUCCGUCCAAACCAGCCCUAGCGUACGGGCCGACGUCUCAGGAAGUACCACUGGUUAUGGACUCGGCUUCAUACGCAUGGGAGGGCAACGCAGAUGCAAAUCUCAGAAGGCCCGUCCGGCCAUCGGACCUUUCGAGAGAUGGAAGAUCACCCCUAGAUAGCCACCUCGAAGCCAUCUUCGGCACUGCCAGCACUCGUCAGGUUGACCUGCCUCCACGACUGAUACCUGAAUUGCAAGCUCUUGCUGCUUCCUCAGCGCGGCAUCAAGAUUACUAUACAAAGUCAUCGAGUUCAAUUAGCAGCCCGUCAACACAAUUCUCUAAUACCCCAAGUCCUUGGAGUGUAUCUACAACCACCACCACACCUACUUCAUGGUCUUCGACAUCCCCAGGUAUCGUGCAACAAGUCACCAUGAAAACUUCCAGUCAAAGAUCUCAGACUGUCCCCUUUCCAGCUACCAAGCGCGAAAAAUUACCCAAAAUGCCCGCUCUACCUGAGACAUACUCGUCAAUUACCCCAAGCCAAUCAUCGACCAGCGUUCAGGACAAGACUCUGAAGAAAUCUUCCAGCAAGAAACGAACACCGCUCAACUCACCCGCCCCAACACCACCUCCUCGUACCUCUUCAGCCAAACAAGCCCUGAGCAGAAGCAGUAGUAAAAGUGAUAAUAUGCCUCGCCGUCUUAACUUUGAACCAACCACGUCUGCUUCAGAUCCUGAUCAGAGCACUCUCAUUACCCAUGGAAACUCGGAUCCACACGUCUUUGGUGACUACCCACUUCAGAGCUCAGUUACCAGAGCACACAACGAACUACAGCAUUCCUUGGGUGUUGCUCCGCCCCGACCAAGUCGCCAAGGAGUCAUGGGGCUGGAAUACAGCAGGCCGGUCAUAGUAAACACGCACAGAGCUGGGUUCUCUAACCGGCAUAGAGAGCUUCUAGAUACAGGGGAUGAAGCCCCUGUACAGUCCACCGAGCCUAUCCAAAGAAGUAACCACAGCACGCCGGUAUUGCGUCCCACAACGCCUGGAGAGUCAGAUUUACCGGUCCAGAGUUCGCCUGGUCGACUGGGAAAGUUCUCCCGCCUGGGUAUCUUCGGUCGCAGAGGGAAAUCACCAGCAAACGAGACCGACAAGAGUCCACGUAAACUGCAACGGCGAGGGCCUGUGGCAGGAACAGGGCACGAAGGCUAUGGCAAAUACAGCAGAAGAGGACGAAAGACUUCACAAGAUGGCCCCUCCGCCCCUUCCUCAGCCAACAACAGCGAGAGUGAGAGAUCUGUCAGCAGUACGAGAAGAAUACCACUUGGUGCUAGUCAGCGCAAAGAUAGUCAAAUCAGCAAUCGUGCUAAAAGAGGUAGUCAGUCUGACAUCGAUGAAUUUGCUGUCCCUCGACUCAAGCCGGUUACCAUGAUGGGCGGGUCAGGUGGCAGUUUGUCAAACAACUCUGGAGGCCAUCUGGAAGCCCAUCUCACCAAUCCAAAUGCCUCCUCAAGUGUUGUGCACAUGAAAUUGGAUACACCCUCACAGUCACAACUAUCUAUAGAACGAUAUGCUUCGGAAUACGAACCUAAUCCGGUCAACCACGUUCCAAAAGGACAGGGGAAGAUCCCUUCUCUCGCAGUGCGACGAUCGCAACGCUUUCGUGGCGAAACAGACAAUUUCAAUCUUCCGACCCCCAUUCGAACUGAAGCCCUCUCGGCAGCCAUAUACGUUGACAGCCAUGACACCCCACAAUCUUCUGCAAUUGCAGGGUCCACUUCCACCCCGAGCACAGCCACUGAGCAUAACCGAAUUGAAACAAGCCAUAAGUCCGCCGAGAAAAAGGCUCGAAAACAUCGAUGGAACAUCUUCCGGCGAAAGGACGUUGCCGAGCCAGGGCCAGAGCGGUAUGUACCUAUUGUAUCUUCAGCUUCGCCCGAAGAACUUUCUGUCAGUGUCUCAACCAUCCCUAUGUCACGGCCUCCGAUGCCCUACUAUGCAAUGAUGGACUCCGAAAGCGAAAUAUACACAGCUGGAAAUGUGGGAGAGUUCCUGUCCGAAGUCGUGGAAUCUCCCAGCACAAGUCCUUACGUGGGAACUCAUGGUCCAGACGAGGAUCAGGUAAGACGAUGGGAAGAGGAAGUCCUGAUCCCAGUUGUACCGGUAUCCCCACUGCGAUCUUUUGAAAGAUCGCCUCCUCCAGUACCCCUGAAAAGUCCGACUGAGCAGCUACAUGUUCAGAUCAGCGAGAAGCCACAGAAGCAACCUCGACUUGCUCGUGUUGGAAGAAUACCACCCGUCGUCUCGCGUCAAGAGAGGCAGCAUAAACCAAGCCGAGCGUCGUUCUCUCAACCUUUUGCCCGACCAGUUCUCCCAGACUCUCCUGAUAUGCAACCGGAUGCUUCUGCUAUCGAUUUAGCAAUUCAAAUGGAGCCAGAGAUGGGCACAUCCUUCCAUGAUCCAUUAGCAGCGUUCGGUCCGGCGAGUGGCGAGACAGAGUUUCUACGCUUUCCAUCACGGCAGAACUCAGAGUUGUCAAGUUCCAGUACAUCAGAAGGGACUUCAAGUAUGCUCAGACCAACGUUGAUGCCAGGAUUGGGAGAAAACCAAGCUCCGUAUCGACCAGAAAUAUACGAACCUACCAGCCCUAGUCUUGACGAAAUAUGGAACGAAUAUGACGACUUUAUUGAUCAUGUCAUGUCACCCUCUCAAGUCCGGAAGAGCAACAAAUUCUUGACCACACAAGAAGGCUUUGAAGAUUAUGUCAAAUCAACAGGCCUAACCCUCCCAACAAAGGCAUUCCCUCUUUCGAAGAAGGGAAAAGAGAUAAAGAGUGCAGCCCAAUCCAAUCAUGAACUCAAACGGACCGUCUUCAUGCCAGCUCUGGUGACAUCUGCGACUCCCCCCGUCGUUUUUCCAGCUCCAACUUUGUCAGAACGCUCAGUUGGUGAGGAUAUCCGGUUGCGCCGGUCCAGGAUCGCAUUAGCUUUACACUCGUCAAUGGAACCGAUUUCUCCGUUCUCGAUCAGAGAUCUGAUCAGCGAAUAUGGCUCCUAUCAACGGGAAAGUAGUGGAUUUUCUGAGCGAUUGAGCAGUUCAACAGCUGAACGAUCGACAGAGCAGUUGACACUAAGUACCAGUAAUACGGAAAUUCCAACCGAACACAAUCAUCAGGAGAACGUUGCAUUGCUGGAUGUGAUGGAGAGAGGCAAAGAUCCAGCAGCCCAGUCAGAGCUCCACUAUGCGUCUUUGAUGGUGGCGAAGUGGUUGUCCUUUGGGCGGGUACUGUUCUCCCCUGCGCAUGAUGAGAUCGAGCGACAGACCGAGCGUCAUGUCCUGGUCAUUGAUGGGCUGGGUAAUGAAGACUGGUCAAUCUACUGUGCCGUUACGUAUGAAGAUCAAAAGGCGUUGAUCCACAAUUUGAAAGAAAAGGUGACCGGCAAGGCAUCAAAGGAGAGCAAAGCACCCACCAAUGCCCCGAACAACCACCGCCGAGCAGAAGUGGCAAGCUUUUAUGAGAAAUUCCCCUUCCCGCCGGGGUUUUUCUCUGCUGUUGUUCUCCGAUUUCCUCCAGCAAUGGCCGAGGCCAAGAUGAAAAACAUCAUCGCCGAGAGCCGAAGAGUGCUCUUACCCGGGGGCUAUCUGGAGCUGAUGCUGCUUGACCUGGAUAUUGUUAACAUGGGUGUACAAACUCGACGAGCGGUACGGGAAUUGAAGUUCAAGAUGACAACGGCAGAUCAACAGAUUAGCCUGCGACCCAUCAUUGAUAACGUGCAGGGAGUUCUUGGAGCCCGUGGAUUCUCCAACAUCAGCAGAUGCGUAGUGGGAGUACCGGUGGCAGGGCGUCCGAAUGGGUCUGUUGACUCUUCCUCUUCUUCACGUUCGAGUAAGGGGUCAGAUGGGAUCCCUCAUCGUGGGUCUGGGGAUCUGAGAGCAGCCAAUGCCUCCCCACGUAUGGUAUUUGGAGGUCGACGAGGACACAACUUGUCACUCAAUGACCUGAUUGCGGAUCACUCGGACAAUGCGGAUGCCAAGAUUAGCAAGAUUGUGUCGACAACUGCCAGGCGAUGGUGGCAACACUGCUUCGAGGCUGCCGUGAUUUCGGAUGGCAAUCUUGCGACCAGUAUCUUUGCGGACAAAACCGUGCUGAGUGAAUGCAAGGCACGAGGAUCCAGCUUCAAAAUGCUGAUUGCAUACGCCCAGAGGCCGAAUCUGGACAACAGUUCGAUCCGACGAAGGACCAUGAGCGAACCAACGGUUUCAACCAUGGCCACGAUCGGAUCACACCGGUCGCCUCCAUCUACAUACCCUGGAGCGCGCACACCGCGUUAA